CCGCCUCUUGACAUUCAAACUGGGGACUGGUCAACAUGAGUCAGCCAUUGCUUUCAUCUUCUUGUCAACUUUAUUCUUACGAUUUUAACCGUCAUUAUUUUCACAAUAAUGACGUUCGUCUCGGCUCGAGUGCCUCGAGAAGCUUCGCGAGCUCUUUUCGGCCCCACUUUUGUGGCCGCCGGAGCUCGGCUGGCUGUGUUUCAAGCUAACGGCUAACCGCUCGACAACAUGCGCCGUGCGGGCUCGUUAGCAUCUCCGACCGAGCGCCAACAAAACACUAAAUAUUGACACGCCAGCGAGAUGAAAUACAAUGACAUCCUCCAACUAAGUGCCAAACAGUACUUUUGAACCAAAUUCAAGUCCAUACAAAUGAGAACUAUGCAAAUAAUAAUAAAAUAAAAAUGCUACUAUAAAUUAUGCAUUUUUUUUUUUAAAUCCCCGACAAUUUACAUCACUUCCCAAGGAUCUAGAAUGGUGAAAUAUUUUUACUGGGGCAGUGCAACUGUAAUUAUAGAGCAUUUUAACAAACACAUCACAAAACAGUGUGAUAAAUACAAAAAAAAACAAAAAAUUCACAAAGAAAACGAUGGGUUUUUUUUUUUAAAUCAAAUUUACACAAGAGCUCUCUUUACAUUGAAACUUGUCAUACACAAAGUGAAGUGUUUUAUUCCUUUUCUCAUUCCCAGGGGACAUGCCGGCAUGCUGAAAUUUUAAUAUGACGAGUCGCUAUGAUGGUUGACGUCACGUCACUCGCGUUUGGUGCAGCUCGGAUCUACAAAUGGGAGGCCAUCGACCUGGAUAAUAAAAUAAGCUACACUCUCAAACUGUGCGAUUCGUCGCCGUCCACACCCUGCGGCGACGGCGCCGCUGUCUGCGCCCGCAACCUGACCAGCGAUGUUUACCAAUCCGUCGGUGAGCUGUCCCUGCGGAUGCUGUCCGGAACCGUCCUGGACUACAACAGCACCGUUAAAUGCGCGGGAAAUGACAACUACGUCCAGACGACCAUCGGCUUCCAGUGUGGGAAAACCAUGGGCACGCCGGAGUUCGUGGCCGUGUCCCACUGCAUGCACUACUUUGAGUGGAGGACCUACGUGGCCUGCAGCAGCGACAAGUUCAAACCACACAAAGAGGUGCCCUGCUUCGCCUUCGACUCGGACAGUAAGAAGCACGACCUCAGCCCGUUGAUCAAAGUCAGCGACGGGUACCUGGUGGACGACGGCGACGACGACGUCGACUUCUACGUCAACAUUUGCCGCAGUCUCAGUGGCCGAGAAACGCGCUGUCCGGAAGGUUCUGCCGCCUGCCUGGUCACCAAGAACGUGGGCUACAACAUGGGUUCCCCCACCAAGGCCUUAGAACUCGUAUCCAACGACAGACUGAGGCUGCAGUACAGCGUGAACGCCGACGUGACCCCUCCGGCCUUCUGCAACGGACACUCGCCCGCCGUCACCAUCACCUUCGUGUGUCCUUCGAGCAGACAUUCGGGCAGCACCCCCAAGAUGACGGCGGAGGCCAACUGCCGCUACGAGGUGGAAUGGGCGACGGAGUACGCCUGCCACAGGGAUUACUUGGAGAGCCGCACGUGCAAGCUCACCAGCGAGCAGCACGACAUCUCCGUCGACUUGACGCCGCUCACCUUGAGCUCCGCAGACCACCCCUACUACGCCCAUUCCUCAAGCAGCGACGGGACGGAGAGCUACAUUUAUUACCUGAACGUGUGCGGGAAAGUGCCCUCGGACGAAUGCAGCAACCUGGGAGACUUUGUUUCUUCCUGCCAGGUGAAGAAGACGGACGUCAAGAAGGUGGCCGGGAGAUACCAAAACCAGACGCUCCGUUACUCAGACGGCGACCUGACUCUCAUUUACCCCGACGGUGCCCGGUGCUCCACGGGCUUCCAGAGGAUGACCAUCAUCAACUUCGAGUGCAGCAGGAACGCAUCCAACGGCGGCGUGGGGGCGCCGGUGUUUGUCGGGGAGACGGACUGCACGUACUACUUUAACUGGGAGACCUCGUACGCCUGCGUCAAGGAGAAGGAGGAUCUUCUGUGCCAGGUUGCGGAUGGCGGCAAGCAUUAUGAUCUUUCGACCCUUACGCGCUUACCUGGGUCAGAGUUGAAGGGGAACUGGGAAGCAGUGGAUGCCGAAUCCCGGGAAUCCGACUUGAAACGCUUCUACCUUAACGUUUGCCAUAAAGUUGUCCAGGCCGGAGGUGCUGCCGGCUGCCCGGAGAACGCCGCCAUUUGUGCCGUAGACAAGGACCAGAAGAUGAUCAGUCUGGGCAGCUUCCUGUCAUCCCCGCAGAAGACCGAAAGGGGGAACGACAUCCGGCUGGUGUACACUGACGGGGACUUGUGCAGCCACACGACCACAAAGUUCCAAACGAUCCUGACGCUCAAGUGCAAACCAGGUGAUCUGGAGAGCGCCCCGGUCCUCCGCGGCGUUUCGUCGGAUCGCUGCGUGUACGAGCUGGAGUGGUACACCGCGGCCGCGUGCGUCCUCUCCAAGACGCAGGGGGACGACUGCAAGGUGGAAGACCAGCAGGCUGGCUUCUCUUUCGACUUGUCGCCGCUCACCAAGGCGGACGGCGGCUAUUACAACUUGACCAACGCCAAUUACGACUACUACAUCAACGUGUGCGGACCGGUCACAGCCGCCACCUGUCCUGAAAGGGCCGGUGCCUGCCAGGUAGAAAAAAGUGGUUGGAGUCUGGGGGAGGCAAACUCGCGGCUGUCCUACUAUGACGGCCUGAUCCAGUUGACGUACAGCAACGGCUCGCAGUACAACAACGAGCAGCACACGCUCCGGUCCACCUUAAUCACCUUCCUCUGUGACCCCGAGGCCGGGGCUGGAAAUCCAGAGUUUCAGGUGGAAGACAAAUACACGUACAACUUCCACUGGUACACGUCGUACGCAUGUCCCGAAAGGCCUCACGAGUGUCUGGUGACCGAUCCCCACACUCUGGACCAGUAUGACCUGUCCAGCUUGUCUCGCACGCAGUCUGGCAACAACUGGCAGGCCAUGGACCUGUCGGACACGGCCAACCUGCGAAAGUACUACAUCAACAUAUGUCGGCCCAUCAACGCCGUGAUGGGCUGCGACCGCCACGCGUCCGUCUGCCAAAUGAAGUACACGACCAAGGAGGGCUUUCCAAAAGAAGAGGUGUCCGUAAGUAACAUGGGCGUCUCCAAGCGCGGCCCCGUCAUCGAGGGCCGCGACCGGCUGCUGCUGGAGUUCACGGACGGCGACCCCUGCGAGUCCGACGGCCUGAAGCUGACGUACACCACCCGGAUCCACCUGGUGUGCACCAGGGGAACCCUGUUGAUGGGCCCGCGAUUCCUCAUGUACCAGAACUGCACCGCCAACUUCAUCUGGGAGACCAGGGCCGCCUGCGCCCUCACCACUACCAAGAAUGAUAACUGCGCCGUGAUCGACCCGGACACCGGCUUGGAGUUCAACCUGCAGCCGCUAGCCUCCAAGGAUGGAUACAAGACCAAAGCCAAUGGAAAGGACUUCCUGGUGAACAUCUGCUCGGACGUGGCGGAUUGCGGUGCCGGGAUGGCGGGCUGCGAACUGGAAGACGGGCAGCCCGUCAGCCCGGUGGGCGUGGAGAAAACCCUGCAGUACUCCACCGACGGCCUCCUCAAACUCACGUACAAGGGACCCCGGGACGAUUCCACAGCGACCCGGGACACCUUCACCAUUAACUUUGUGUGCGACCCAAACGUGCACCCCGGCUCGUUGAAGCUGCUGCACGAGACCUUGAACACGCUUCCCAGCCACGUGGUCCACGACGUCUACUUCGAGUUCUCCACGGCGAUGGCCUGCGUCCCCGCUCCGGUGGACUGCCGCGUCAUCGAUUCUCGCGGGAACGAGUACGACCUGAGUCACCUGGUCCGAGGCGGGGAGGGCAGCCCCUGGGUUGCCAUGGAUACGGACGCAGUCAAGCCACGCCGCUUUUACAUCAACGUCUGCCGACCCCUCCCCACUCUGAAGGACUGUCCCGUGGGCCCUUCGGGUGCGUGCGGCGUAAUUGAUGGUGUGGGUUACAGCCUGGGUCUGGUCCAGGCCAGCCCACAGUUGGCGGAGGACGGCUCCAUCAGCAUCCUGUACCACAACGGGGACAAGUGCGGCGCCACGUCGCGCUACUCCACGCGCAUUAUCUUGCUGUGUGACCACAGCCCGGGCUCCCCCGUGUUUGACCGGCAGGACGGUUGCGAGUACGUCUUCAUCUGGCGGACUUCCGAGGCCUGUCCCGUCAGGAAGUCCCAAGGUGACGAGUGCCGCGUCCGCGACCCGAGGAGCGGCUUCGAGUUCGACCUGAGCUCCCUGAAGGGCAAAGAUUACCCAGUGAGGAGCGACAAGUACAUCUACCACCUGUCGGUGUGCGGCGGGCUCCAGAGGGGCGUCUGCACCGACAAGGACACGGGCAGCGACGUGGUCUCCUCGUGCCAGGUGGACGGAAGCAAACACAAGAUAGCAGGGAUGGCAAACCAGCUGCUGAGCUACGUGGGAGAUCAGCUGAUCCUGAACUACACCGGCGGCGAGACAUGCCACAAGAUCUACCAGCGAUCCACAGAGAUCUACUUCUCCUGCCACCCGGACAUGCACCCUGGAACACCAGAGUUCAUCAAGGAGACUCCGGACUGCACCUACUUGUUCAGCUGGCCCAGCGCCCUCGCAUGCGUCCCUGUCCAAACCACCAGUUGCUCAUACCAUGAUGGUGCGGGCCACUCGUACGACCUCUCGCCUCUGGCCAUGGAGGCCCAGAACUGGGAAGUGACGUCUUCGACGGUGGACACCAGCAAGCGAUUCUACAUCAACGUCUGCAGGUCCCUGGCGCCGCAGGGAGGUUCGUGGAAGUGCCCCUCCGGCAGCGCGUCCUGCGCGAAGGUGGGAGACGAUUACGUGAGUCUGGGGCAGGUGACCAGCGGCCCAACGUGGGACAAAAGCGUUCUGAGGCUGCAGUACGACGGCGGCCAUGCUUGUCCGGACGGACUGCGCAACAGGAGCACCAUCAUUCGCUUCAAGUGUGACAAAGACCAACUUGACUCUCGACCAACCCUCAUUUCCGCAAUUGAGGACUGUUUGUACACCUUUGUGUGGUUAACAGCUGCUGCCUGCCCGCUGAACAGCAGCCAGCACGACGGCUGCAGAGUCUCCAACCCCGCUACAGGUCAUUUGUUCGACCUGAACAGUCUGAAACGGGACGGCGGCUACACGGUGUACGACCACAACGUGCAGCGCAGGAUGUUCCGUGUCAACAUCUGCGCGGACAUGGCCAACGCCGGCUGCAGCCCCGGAACCGCGGUGUGCAUUAAAGACGUCAACACCGCACAGAGCGGCGGCCAGACCAGCAGCGAGCUCUCGUACAAGGACCACGUGGUGGAGCUGACCUACCAGGGUGGAAGCCCGUGCCCCGCCGACCCCGCCCUCAAGCUCAGCAGCGUCAUCCACUUCAUCUGCAGGCCACCUGGCACGAGCUCGGCCCCUGCGGAGCCCGUCCUCAUUGACGCCAACGCCGACAGCUGCACGCACUUUUUUGCCUUCCACACUCACCUGGUGUGCGAGCAGCCUGUCUCGUGUUCUGUCCAGAACGGCUCCACCACCAUCGACCUGAGUCCCCUGAUCCGCGUCAACAGAUACUACACGGCAACAGAUGACGCGGUGGAGCAAGACGACGACUCUCCGGACUUUUACAUCAACAUCUGUCAGCCUCUCAACCCCAUCCCCGGCGUCGCUUGCCCACCCGGAGCCAGCAUCUGUAUGGACCCAGACAACGGGCCCCCAAUUGACAUUGGGCGAACGACGAGUGGCCCUCAGAUCACCGCCGCGGGUGAAGUGUCCAUGACCUACGGCAGCUCCACCCAGUGUGCGUCCGACCCGGCUCAGAACUACACCUCCUCCAUCAUCUUCACCUGCCAGCGAGGCGUAGAUCUGGGCUCCCCGCGCAUGCUGAGGCUGCAGGACUGCGUGUACGUUUUUGAAUGGGCCACGCCCGUGGUGUGCUCCGAUGCCACCCACACCAGCGGAUGCCAGCUGGAAGAUGCGCAGCUGCAGUACACCUUCGACUUCUCGACGUUGACGGGCCAAGUCCAGCUCCCGGUGGGCUCCUCCGACAACUACCUCAUCAACGUGUGCAGCUCGGUGUCGGAGCCCCGCUGCAAGGGCGCCGCCGUGUGCCGAGUGUCGGACUCGGCCAAGUCGGCGGUGUCGUUCGGCAUCAGCAAGGCCAUGACCAUGGACUUCAAACACGAGGAGCAGGCCGUGCUGAUGCAGUACGGCGGCGGGGAUCCGUGCCCGCCCAUGACGGACAAGGGCGAGGUGUGCGUGUUCCCCUUCACCUUCAUGAAACGCUCGUACACGGAAUGCACCACGGACGACAGGCCCAACGGCGGGAAGUGGUGCGCCACCACCGCCAACUAUGACCAGGACAAGAAAUGGGGCCUCUGCCAGCCAACUUCUGCCAAGCGCCAGUCUACCAUACUGUUUACCUGCGACCCGGCCGCGGGCCACGGCUCCCCGCAGCUGCUGUCGGAGACCGCGGGCUGCUCGGCCACCUUCCUGUGGGGGACGAGCGCCGCGUGCACCCAGCAGAGGAUGGAGUGCAAGCUGGUCAGCCAGCAUCGAACCUUCAACCUGCGCGCGCUCUCCUCCCUCACCAAGCCCUGGAAGUUCAACCACCGCGGCGACUCAUAUUUUGUCAACCUGUGUCAGGGCAUUCACAAGGGACUUCCGGGUUGCCCCGAGGGGUCCGCCGUGUGCCGGCACUCGGCGGACGGGAGCAUGCGCGUGCUGGGCCGCCUCCACACUCAGAAGAUGAGCUACGAAGAUGGCAAGAUUUCCGUCAAGUACUCGGCCGGGGACGCGUCCUGCGGCAACGGCGCGGCGGCAAAGACUGAGAUCCGGCUGAGCUGCGGCACCACCGUCGGACGCCCGGCCCUCAUCAGCAUCGACCAGACGGCCUGCCUGUUUGUCAUCGGCUGGGAGACGCGCUCGGCGUGUGCCGUCGAGCAGCGGGAGGUGGAGCUGGUCAACGGCAGCAUCCAGGACCCCAUCACCGGCGCCCGCCUCAGUCUGGGAGAGCUUUACUUCAGCCACCACCAAGCUUCCGGAGACAUCCGCGCCAACGGCGACAGCUACGUCUACCACAUCCAGCUGUCCGGGCUCACCAACAGCUCCUCGCCCGCCUGCGCGGGUGCCAACAUCUGCCAGGUCAAACUCAACGGAGCGUACAGUCGUCGCAUCGGCUCCUCCGGCAAGGCGAAAUAUUACAUCAAAGGCGACAACCUGGACGUGACGGUGCCGUCGGAGUCGGCGUGCGGGCGCGAGCGUACCAAAACGGUGUCGUCCGUCAUCAUGUUCCAGUGCGACCCGGCGGCCGGCGCGGGCGUCCCAGAGUUCAUGAUGGAGACGGACGAGUGCCACUAUCUCUUUGUGUGGCACACGGGCGCCGUGUGCGGACUCACGACUGCGGACACGCAGACGCAAGACGACGGCGACGUUCCGACUUUUUACGGGAGGAGUCGGGCGGCGGCCAUUCUGCUGAGCUUCCUGAUGGCCGGGUUGAGCGUUUGUCUCCUGGCACUGGUGCUCCGUAAGCGAGAGAGAAGAGAAAUUGUGCUGCAGAAGGUGGCUGGCUGCUGCAGGAGAGGCAACCAGGUCUCCUAUAAAUAUUCCAAGGUGAACAUGGACGAAGAUGCGGGCGAGGACGAGAUGGAGUGGCUGAUGGAAGAAAUGGAGGCCCCCGCCACCACCGCCUCAUCUUUGUCCUUCUCCUCGACCCAGAGGGGGCGCUCCAACCUCAGCAACGGCCACAUCAAGACCAAGCCGGUCAACACGGACGGCCUGCGCUCCUUCUCGUUGGACGAGCAGGACGACGACAGCGAGGACGAGGUGCUCAGCGUCCCCGGAGUGCGCGUGGUCAAGUCGUCGUCCGCCCACCGCGGCGCCUUCCUGCAGGAGGAGAGCGACGAGGACCUGGUGGGCCUCCUGGACGAGCCCGACCGGAAGCGGAAGGGCGGCAGAGCCCGCUCGGCGGGCGGCCGCCGCGACCACAACGCGGCGCCGAAGCCCAAGCGGGAGGACGACGACAGCGACGAGGACCUCCUGCGGGUGUAACUCGCCCUCCAGAACUGCUCUCUCUCUCUCUCUCUCUUUUUCUCAGUGAAUGUCACCAUAGCAACGCCCUCAGCAUAACUGACACUUCCUCACCCCGUCCGCCGCCAUCUUGUUAUUUAUUGAUUGCUCCUUUUUAUUUAAAAGUGUUUCUCGCAGUUGCUUCGGAAGCGAUCAAUUGUCCGAAAUGGCGUUCUUUUGAUUGUAGCCGUGCCACCGCUUCAGCACUUUAUCUCAAAGCGAGCGUUUCUCGGCAGGUCGCGGAAGACGAAGGCCCGCGCGGCGAAGUCCAAUCGGCGACCGACCCCGGGCGAGCGGGCGCGGGCGGCUUUAAAGGGAAUAAAGACGCUCGGGUGUCGUAUUGUUUACACUCAAUGCGAAAAGCGAGUCUUUUCUCCCCCUGAAAAGAAGAGUGAGGCCUUUUUUUUCCGUUUUUUUUUUUUUUAAAGCUUGAUCGAAUGUUCCGUCAUUUUCAUGUUCUAGAUGAUGAUUUGUCUGAGUUUUUACGGUUUAUUUAAGCGAAUGGAUGUCGCCCGACGCUUUUGAGAGUCCCGUCAAAGCCAUAUUUCGACACCUGCCGGCGUCGCUUUAUUUUUUUUUUGCGGCAACCGAAUCAUUUGUUAUCCAAACGCUUGUCAGCAGUCCAAUCAAAUCUGGCUUUCUGUCAUAUUUUGACUGAAAAUGCCAGUGAAAUUGUGAAUAAUGCGUUAUGUUUUGAGGGUUGGGUGAUCAGAAAACGGGACCGACUGAGCCAAAACCGAACCGUCAAACGAGGUGAGAGCGACUUUGUCCGAAAAUUGCCGCUCCAGAUGCGUAACAGCAAACGGCGCCGUUUCGGACAGAACUCAUCAGAGUCCAAAAUGCGCAGUCACGCAGCUGUCUGGGCUUGCCCAAUUUUGAUCAUGGAUUGAUGUAAAAAUAUUAACGGACUAUUUUUGACAUCCCUACUCAAGACUCCUCCUCGGCUUGAGCAAAUCAUUUUGGCACCUUGGAAAAAUACUUCAAAGAUUUUUCGACUUCGGCAGCGUUUAAGAAGGCGCCAAAUGUUUUUGAAUGAUUUUGUUGUUGUUUUUCUUUUUCAAGCAGUAUUUAUUCAAGCGGCGUCAUUUCGAUGAAUGAAUUCUGUGUUAUCGUCACAGUGGACGCUGGCCCGGUACGUCAAUGUUUGGUACUUUUUUUUUUUUUUUGUAACCCCCACCCAUCCCCGCCCAUCGCAUCCCCCAGUAGUGUCAAAUGCUUUGUUGUCGUCGCGGGGAUUCGCACGUACUCUACUUUUUUUUUUCAAUUUUUUUUUUCGGAGAUUUCAAAAGAGGACAAAUCGUGGUGGUGCACUGGAGAAAAGCACAAAAAAAUGUGAUCAUCAUCAUCCUGCUUUUGUUGUCUCACGUUUGUGCGCGUUUUUUGCUAUUUAAAAGAACCUCCUUGUACCGUCGCCUUCUUUAUUUGAAUAAACACCCGAAUGACGGCUUGAGGCUCACACAAAAUCUUCGUGGAUUUUUUUUUUUUUGUUUAUUUGAAUCUCGUGUGACAUAAUAAUUUCUGUCUCAAAUAAUAAGUUGUCGCACUCGAAGCCGACCGGACUCAAAUAACUUUGCGCUCUGUCCUUGGUUGCAGCUGAAGGCCUUACCUCACACAAAUGUCCCUUUUUUUUUAAUUUUAGGGGAAAAAAAUUGAUGCCAAUGAGGCGUACUUGAGUAAAUAAAUGCCUCAACUU